UGGAGGAUAGAGAGAGAAAUGGAGCGCUUUUGGCUGUGGAGGGUUUUAAUACUGUUGCAACUUUGUCUUUUAUGUUUGGUUCCUGCCUCAGGCCAACCGUGGAAGAACAUCAGAGACAGAAUUUCUGAUGCUGUGAAAGAACACACUCCCUGCAAUCCUGUCAACUGCAGCUGCCAUCUGAGCGUCCUUCAAGAUGACCUGCAGCCUUUUAAAGGAUUCAUCUCCGAGGAUGUCAUGGCUGCGACUGUUCAGAGAGGCGUGGGCACACACUACCAGAUCAUCGGACAUAAGCUGUACAGAGAACGCAACUGCAUGUUUCCUGCCAGGUGCAGUGGGGUGGAGCAUUUCAUCCUGGAGGUGAUUGACAGGUUACCUGACCUGGAGAUGGUGGUGAAUGUCAGAGAUUACCCACAAGUCCCCAGCUGGGUGAAGCCCACCCUGCCUGUCUUCUCUUUCAGUAAGACGGCAGACUACCAGGACAUCAUGUACCCUGCGUGGACAUUUUGGGAGGGGGGGCCUGCCGUGUGGCCCAUAUACCCCACUGGACUGGGGCGAUGGGACCUAAUGAGGGACGACCUUAAAAAGUCUGCAGCUCAGUGGCCGUGGAAUCAGAAAGAGUCCAGAGGAUUCUUCAGAGGCUCCAGAACCAGUGCUGAGCGCGACCCUCUGAUCCUCCUCUCCAGAGAGGCUCCAGAGCUGGUGGACGCAGAGUACACCAAGAACCAGGCCUGGAAGUCUGAAAGGGACACACUGGGGAGACCCCCUGCCAAAGAAAUCCCCCUGGUCGAUCACUGCAAAUACAAAUAUUUAUUCAACUUCCGAGGCGUGGCGGCCAGCUUCCGCUUCAAACACCUCUUCCUCUGCGGGGCUCUGGUGUUCCAUGUUGGGGAUGAAUGGCAGGAGUUUUUCUACCCUCAGCUGCGGCCCUGGGUCCAUUACAUCCCCGUGCAGCAGGACCUAUCGGAUGUCAGGGAACUGCUACAGUUUGUCAAAGAGAACGAUGACAUUGCACAGGAGAUCGCCUCAAGGGGUAAGGAGUUCAUCCUGGAGCACCUGCGGAUGAAAGACGUUUCCUGCUACUGGGAGACACUCCUCACUGAUUUCAGCAGUCUCCUCACCUACAAACCAAAACUAAAUAGCAACUACAACCAGAUCGUGCACAGAGCGGGCAGGACGGAGCUAUGAGAGGCUCUGCAGUGAAGGACUCUCAAACAUGAAUGUAAUCACACACCACAACAUCAUUCUACUUUAAAGGCAACAUGUAGGUCCCAGAUUUCACAUCAAAUCAAACCACUUUCCAAAAGCCGCUGUAAAAUGUGACUUUUAAUUGAAUUAUAAUCAUCAUCUUGGAUAUCAUAAAUCUUUGGUUUUAAAUUCUUUAUGUCACUUUUGUCUGCUGCUUAAAUAUCUACAAAAGUUGUACCGAUAAAGAUAAUAAUAAUAGUUACACAUGCCAUGCUGUUACAUAUUUAAUGCAGUGGGAGGAUUAAGCACCAUAAAGAACUGUUUUUUUUGUAUUGUCAUUAAGUUGCCUUCUAGUAUGUUGAAUAAUAUGGGAAACACUGAGAACCAUGAGCUAAAAUUCCAUAUGUAAUAAUCCCUAUUAAUAGUAAUGUAAUGGUCAAAAAUCUAUUUGUUACACUCUCCUCUACUGGACAUCUUGGGUAACUACAGCAUCCCUUUACCAAGUGUCAUUAGAACAUGUACUUUUACUUGUUGAACAAUUAUGCUUAGAUUUUUUUCCUUCAACAUUUUAUUCCAAGUGCCAGCAGUAAGCAAUAAUGAAUAUAUUUUUGAUCUGUGGAGUUUCCAAGAAACACUAAUUGUUUUUCCUUUUGAAAAUAAUGUGUGUUAAGAGAUGAUAGACGGUGUGUAGUUGAUGCAGGAUCAUGUUGAAUAUGUUGUAAUAUUUACAUUGUAAUGCAAAAAAGCUGAUUCUCACCCAUGUAAGGUUAUUUUUGACACUAUUACAGUGAAGAUCACUAUCAGUAUGUACAGUAGAUGCGACCAGAAAGAUGUGAAGAGUUAUCCGGUUUAAGUGUGAGGUGCAGGAUUUCUGUUUUUAUGCCAAUAAACAGUUUCGUUCUUAAA